ACAAAAAAAGCGAUGCAAACACAAAAAACGCGAUGCAAACACAAAAAACGCGCUGCAAACACAAAAAAAGCGAUGCAAACACAAAAAACGCGCUGCAAAUAGCAGGGACCACAACGGAAAUGUUUCAGGGGGACCUCAAAAAGUGACGAACCCAUCUGGGAGCUCAGCUGACUAUUUGUUCAGUGGCUUUUGGACAGAGCGGAGGUUUUGUCCGUGAACUGAAAGGCUAUGUAUUGUCCAUAUUGUGGACACGAUUUACCUGGACAUGUUGGACGCUUUUGUGGCACCUGUGGUAUCAGCAUUCAAUUUUUGGCACCUUUUCUACAGAAUGAUCCAGGAUCAAUGUCAGAUGAACUCAUGGAGGCAGGCCUAAUAAGUAAAUAUUUCUCAGAGGGCCACACCUAUGACGUAAUCCUUGAUUUUCUCAAAACAAGGCACAACAUCUUCCUGAGCCUGAGCACUUUAAAGAGAAAACUGAAAAAUGCUGGCCUAACAAGGAGAACAGACUAUAGUCCCAUUGAAACUGUCAAUGCAGUGAUAACACAUGAACUGACAGGCUCUGGACAGCUUUUAGGUUACAGAGCUCUGUGGCAGACAUUGCGACAAAAGUAUUUCCUAACAGUUAAAAGGGAUGAUGUAAUGCAUGCAGUUCGCAGACUGGAUCCAUCUGGAGUUCAACUUCGUCAUAGACGCAGGUUUAUCCGAAGAGGAUACUUUACAGCAGGACCAAACCAAGUGUGGCAUAUCGAUGGGUAUGAUAAGCUCAAACCAUUUGGUGUUGCCAUCAGUGGCUGCAUUGAUGGAUUUUCUAGGAAAGUGAUGUGGCUAAGAAGUGGCAGCUCUAAUAACAACCCCGGGGUAAUUGCUUAUUAUUACAUGAAGUGUGCAUCAGAGUUUGGAGUUCCAGCACGUCUUCGCACAGACUGUGGGACAGAAAAUGGCACUAUGGUAGCCAUUCACUGUGCAUUAAGAGCACAGUAUACAGAUGAUUUUGCAGGAGUCCUCAGUCACAUGUAUGGAACAUCAACUGCAAAUCAGCGUAUCGAAAGUUGGUGGUCCUUUUUCAGAAAGCAGAGGACUCAGUUCUGGAUUGAUUUGUUCAAUGACCUGAGAGAGAGGCACCUUUUCAACGGCAGCCACGAGCAUAAGUGCCUUCUGCGUUAUGUCUUCUUGGGCAUCUUGCAGAAAGACCUUGAUGAGUACAGAGAACUUUGGAAUAACCACACCAUCCGACCUGUUCGUCAGUCAUCUUGUCAUUCUGGUAAACCAGAAGCCAUGUAUCACCUGCCUCACAGGUUCGUAUUUAAUCCUUGCAAUAUGUGACCAUAUUCAGUAAAUAUCAAAUAAAAAAAAAAAUUCAGUUUAUCAUUAGUUUUUUACUUGAUCAAUUCCACACUUGACGAUUAUUACAUUUUAAAUCAUAACUAGAUUACUAUUUUAAAAAUAAUUCAGACACUCUUAGACAAAAACGUACAAUGCAUGAAGCAAAAAGGUGGAAACUUCUGGUUCACAAAGUGUGUUUGUAGUAGAAGCAAAUGUGAGAACCAUAUUUGACAACAGAUGUUCUCAACAUUAAGAGUCAACCUUUGGCUUA